CUUGGAAGCGAUGAUGAAAAGGCAAACAAACAAGGCAGUCCUAUACUAAAGAGGAGCACUGAUGUAACAAAAUCUUAUUUAACAAAAUCUGAGCAACUUCUCAGAGUGGAUGAUCAUGACUUCACAAUGAGACCUGGAUUUGGAGGUCCAUCAAUACCCGUUGGUGUUGAUGUGCAGGUAGAAAGUCUGGACAGCAUAUCUGAAGUGGAUAUGGACUUUACAAUGACCUUGUACCUAAGACAUUAUUGGAAAGAUGAGCGCCUUUCAUUCCCAAGUACUAACAACUUGAGCAUGACCUUUGAUGGGAGACUGGUCAAAAAGAUUUGGGUCCCUGAUAUGUUCUUUGUUCAUUCAAAAAGGUCCUUUAUACAUGAUACAACCACAGACAAUAUCAUGCUGCGUGUCUAUCCUGAUGGGAAGGUUCUCUACAGUCUGAGGGUUACAGUAACAUCAAUGUGUUACAUGGACUUCAGCCGCUUUCCUCUUGACACCCAGAGCUGCUCACUGGAAAUUGAGAGCUAUGCUUACACUGAUGAUGACCUCAUGCUGUACUGGAAGAGUGGCAAUGACUCUUUAACAAUAGAUGAAAAGAUUUCUCUCUCUCAGUUCAUGAUAAAAGAAUUCCACACAACCACAAAGCUGGCUUUUUACAGUAGCACGGGUUGGUACAAUCGCCUGUAUAUCAAUUUUACGCUGCAUCGUCACAUAUUCUUCUUUUUGCUGCAAACCUACUUCCCAGCGACUCUGAUGGUCAUGCUGUCCUGGGUGUCAUUCUGGAUCGACCGGCGAGCUGUGCCAGCCAGAGUUCCAUUAGGUAUAACAACAGUUCUGACCAUGUCUACCAUUAUCACAGGAGUGAAUGCUUCCAUGCCAAGGGUGUCAUAUAUUAAAGCUGUGGACAUUUACCUGUGGGUUAGUUUUGUGUUCGUCUUUCUCUCAGUGCUGGAGUACGCAGCUGUGAAUUAUUUGACGACAAUACAAGAGAGGAAAGAAAGAAAACUCCGGGAAAAGUUACCAUGCACAUGUGGAAUACCUCAGCCAAGACCUUUAAUGGUAGAGAGAACAUACAGUGAUGGGGAAGUCAGCAACUUGGCUGAAUUUGCUGGACCUGGUUACGUGCCACCAAAUGGAGAAAAGCAGGAUCGAGGCCUGGUACAUCCACCAAUCACUGAAGAGACAACUGCAGACAAGAACAAAAGCCUACGGGGAUACAUUUGGAUUGAUACCCAUGUUAUUGAUAAAUAUUCCAGACUGAUAUUUCCAGUUGCUUACGCACUUUUUAAUGUGAUAUAUUGGUCUAUUUACUCAUAG